AUGGAGGGGCUGGACAUUGUCCGAAAACUCUCAACCGCCAAAGGUCAGUUCAAAUAUAUAAUUGUAGCCAUCGAUUACGACAGCAAAUGGAUUGAGGCUGAACCAUUAACGGCCCUCACAACCACUAAGGUAGAAUCUGCCAACAAAAUCAUCAAGAAGCUGCUAAAAAAGAAGUUGGAAGACAAGAAAGGCCUGUGGGCUGAAAAACUCCCGGAAGUUCUUUGGGCCAUCCGAACAAUUCCAACAUCUGCCAACGGCGAAACUCCAUUUUGCAUGAUGUUUGGCAUAGAAGCAGUCCUCCCUAUUGAGGUAACCCAACCAACAGCUAGGAUUGAUGGAUACGACGCCAUGACAAAUGUUACUGGCGUCAAUCUUGACAAGGACCUAUUGGAGGAAAAACAAGACAGAGCCCACCUACACAACUUGCAGAACAAGCAGCGGGUGUCGCGUUUUUACGACAACCGUGUAAAAGCCAGAAACCUACAACUUGGAGACUGGGUCAUGAAAGAGGUCAUACUACCUCCAAAGGCACUUCGCCCAACCUGGGAAAGACCUUAUCAAAUCGUUGAAGUAGUAAGCCCCGGCACAUUCUACUUGAAAAGCAAGGAGGACGUCACAUCCACACAUCCGUGGAACACUCAACAUCUCCGCUACUACUAUAAGUAG